AUGGCGGGCAAGAAAAUCAUCCUCAUCACCGGUGCCAACUCGGGCAUCGGCUACGAUGCCACCUACACGAUAGCAGAUGCUUCACCGGAUAAUCAUGUCGUCAUGGCCUGCCGCAGUCUGGACAAGGGAACCAAAGCCCUCGAGGAGCUGCAGGCCCGGAAGCCAGCCGGCAGCAUCAGCCUCAUCCAGCUCGACGUGACCGACGACAAUUCUAUCAAGGCGGCUGCCGAAAAGCUCACGGCCGACUUUGGUGUCCUCGAUGUCCUCAUCAACAACGCAGGAAUCUACCUGUCCAAUCCGAAGGACCGCCGUUCCGAGAUUUUCGACACCAUCAACACCAACACCGCCGGGCCCCUCAUCCUCACCGAGUCGCUGGUGCCGCUGCUCCGGAAAUCCGCCGACGCCCGCGUCGUCAACGUAUCCUCCGGCCUCGGCUCCAUCAGCCUGCGCCUCGACGAUAGCACCCCGUACUACGCCAUUCCCGCCGAGGCCUACCGCAUGUCCAAGGCGGCCCUCAACAUGGCUUCGGCCUGCAUGUACGCCAACUACCGCCCCUGGGGAGCCAAGGUCUGGGCCUACUGCCCUGGUUACGUCGUCACCAACUUGACCGGCGAGGGUGAUCGCGAGCGGAGGAAGGAAGAGGGCGCGGAGGACUCCCAGACGAGUGCCGACGGCCUUUUGGAGAUCAUCAACGGGAAAAGGGAUGGAGAGGUCGGCCUAUUCUUGCAGAGAAGGGGAGAGCGAUUUGAUUGGUAG